AUGCUUAGAUCAGCAAUUAAGAACCAACAAAGUCUUGCUAGAAUACCAGCAACCACCACAAUACGUGCAUUCCAUGUAUCAAGUGUGAACUUCAAUGACAAACCACCAUCAUCGAAUUCCCCAUUAAAGGUGUUCUUUGACACCUUCAAGCAGGAAGUAAAAAAAUCAUCCGAAUUGAAAGAAAACAUAAAAGCGUUGCAAGAUGAGUCAGGAAGGAUGGCCGAGUCCGAAGCUUUCAAAAGAGCUAAAGAAGCAUACGCUAGAGCACAAAAAGGUAGCAGCGCAGCAGGUAAGGCAGUCAAAAAGACAGCUGAUGUGGUCGGUGGUGCAGCUUAUAAGGCAUGGGAGUCACCAGUGGGGAAAGGUGUUAGAACAACCGUCAAAGUCAGCGCUGACGUCGCAGAUAAAGCAUUUGAACCGGUCAGAAAGACAAAGAUAUACAAGGACGUUUCCGAGGUAAUUGAUGAUGGGUCGUCGAAUAUGUAUGGUGGGUUCUUAACCAAAGAGCAAAGACAAGCUUUGAGAGAGAAGGAAUUGGCCAGGAAAUUGAAGGAAGGAUACAAGGGUCCAGUUAAGGAAAAUGAAGAAGCAGGUGGAGAGUUGAUUGCAACAGAAAUAAAAUCAUCAGGGCCAUCAACUAGUGAAAAGUGGGAAGCUUUCAAACAAAAAUCACCAGUCGGUAAAGCUAUCGUCAUUUUAAAGGAAAAGUGGGACGAGUCAGAGAAUGGAUUAAUCAGUCUAAUACGUACAAUUAUCGAAAAAGUCACUGGAUUCUUUGCGGAGACGGAACAAGCUAAAACAAUCAAGCAAUUAAAGUAUAUGGACCCAUCAUUCAAGUUGGUUGAUUUCCAAAAGACUUUAAAUGAUUACAUUGUUCCAGAAGUUGUUGAUGCGUACAUCAAGAACGAUGCAAAAGUGUUGAAAGAGUGGUUUAGUGAAGCUCCGUAUAACGUCUGGGAAGCUAACAAUAAGCAAUUCAUCCAACAAGGUUUAUUCUCAGACAGCAGAAUUUUGGAUAUUAGGGGUGUCGAUAUUGUCACCUGCAAGAGUUUGCAACCUAAUGAUAUUCCCGUUGUUGUUGUCAGUUGCAGAGCACAAGAAAUCCAUUUGUAUAGAAAAGCAAAGACUGGUGAAAUUGCUGCUGGUACAGAAGAUCAAAUUCAAUUGAGUACCUAUGCUAUGGUUUUGACAAGAAUUCCAGAGGAGUUUGAUAACAAGACAACCGAAGGAUGGAAGAUAGUUGAAUUUGCCCGUGGUGGUUCAAGACCAUUCCAUUAG